AAGCUAUUAACAGUGAACCUAAUAAAGUAAUAAUUUUCAGUUUUAUCAAGAGUGCAUCAUGUACUGCUGGGGCGCCAACAGUCACGGUCAGCUCGGUCUCGGUUUCAGCUCAGAAAUGUGCGAAUGUCCGCAACAGGUUGAGUCACUUCCUUUCGAUCCACGCCAAAUAGCCGCCAUCAGUGCUGGUGGUGGUCAUACGCUUAUUACCUUGGACACAACGGGUGAUGUGUACUGCUCCGGGUGGAACCAUCGAGCCCAGCUAGGACUUGGCCAUACCGAAGACGUUUGUCGAUUCACGUUGGUAGGGAAGUAUGGCUUUAGUUCGAUUUCUUGCGGUUGGGAUGUCUCCGGUGCUAUCUCGAAUGAACGCGAUGUGUACCUGUGGGGAUCGAAUGUGUGGCAUCAAGUGGGAAACCGUUGCGAGAAAUAUUUAUCAGUACCGACGAAAUUGGCACUGCCAAAUGGCACAAAGGCGAAAAAGGUUUGCUUUGGGCUGAGGCAUACUUGCAUCCUAACGGAGGAUGGUAAAUUGCUGUUAUUGGGAAAAACCAAAUGGUUACAGAACGAGGAUAUACAACCGAGCGUGCACGGAGGCGUGGAAUUUUAUGAGAUGGGAUUUACGGAACCCAUUACGAAUGUUGCGAGUGGCGAAAAUCAUCUGGUUAUUCAACUGGGACAAGGGCGAAUUGUUUGCGUAGGGGAUAAUAAAUUUGGACAAUGUCCCAAGGAGAGCGAACUGAAUCGGGACCAAUGUCAGUUGGUGAAACAGUUGGAAUCAGGGUGGUCUCAUUCUGGUUAUCUGGCGAACGACGGGCGAGUUUACCUUUGGGGAAGGAACAAUUAUAGGCAGCUGGGUGUGGCCACCGAUGGGGAUCACAGUGAGCCAGUGCUGUUGGAUGUGGAGAGCAAGGUGGAGAAAUUUUGUCUGGGUUCGCAACAUGGGCUGGCGUUGGCAGUGGAUGGUUUGUACACUUGGGGUUGGAACGAACACGGAAACUGCGGAACGGGAGGCGUGGAGAAUGUAACGUCACCGACUAGGAUAGAAGCUUUAGUAAAUAUCAGGGAGAUUGCCGCCGGUGCUGGAUUUUGCUGGGCGUUGAAAAAAAUGUGACAGUGAUAGGUACCUACAAGUAAGUCCAUACUGUUACUUCUAAUUAAGGGUCUUAUUGAGUCAAAAUUUAAAAAAUGCUUGAUUU